CUCUGCUUUUGGGGCCAUAUGCUGUGGGGGUUGGUAGGUAGAAAACGUUGUAGCCGGCAUAGACAUAGCCCAGUUGCCGCUCAGUCUUCAACGCGAACAGUUGUGUAUGUGGGUCCCGCUACCUCCCUCUUGUUGCCGUGAUUUACAGGCACAGAUUUAAGGUUUCUCCCCCGCGAAUGUAAGAGAUCGCAGCGAUAUGCAAAUACAUUGUUGUGCCACAUAAGAUAAGAUAAGUGCCAGCCCCAUCCCCGUGCGUGCGAUUAGCCCCGCCAGCAGACAAACCAAAUAUAAAGAUACAAAACGAGAUCCCCGAAAUCCCUAACCGUUCAUUGAACUCUGCUGAAUGAACGACUCACAGCAGCAGCAGGGCCCGUCCCUGUGCCUGGAGUGGAAGCAUCUCAACUAUUAUGUGCCCGCCCAGGAGCAGAGCAAUUACAGCUUCUGGAACGAGUGUCGCAAGAAGCGCGAGCUGCGCAUACUACAAGAUGCCAGCGGCCACAUGAAGACCGGCGACCUCAUCGCCAUAUUGGGCGGCUCGGGCGCAGGCAAAACCACAUUGUUGGCGGCAAUUUCGCAACGUUUGCGGGGUAACCUAACCGGGGAUGUGGUUUUGAACGGCAUGGCCAUGGAACGGCAUCAGAUGACGCGUAUCUCCAGCUUUCUGCCGCAGUUCGAGAUCAAUUUGAAAACAUUUACAGCCUACGAGCAUCUGUACUUUAUGUCCCAUUUCAAGAUGCAUCGUCGCACCACCAAGGCGGAGAAGCGUCAGCGUGUCGUGGAUCUGCUGCUGGCUGUGGGCCUCAGGGACUCUGCACACACGCGCAUCCAGCAGCUGUCCGGGGGCGAGCGUAAGCGCCUCAGCCUGGCCGAGGAGCUGAUCACGGAUCCCAUCUUUCUGUUCUGCGACGAACCCACCACGGGCCUGGACAGCUUCAGUGCCUACUCGGUGAUCAAGACGCUGCGGCAUUUGUGCACGCGUCGACGCAUAACGAAGCACUCGCUGAGCCAGGUGUACGGUGAGGACUCCUUCGAGACGGCCAGUGGCGAGAGCAGCGGUUGCAGCUCCAUCGAAAUGGAAAUUGUGGCCAAGUCGCACGAGAGCCUGCUGCGGGAUCUGCCCACGCUGGGCCUGCUCAACAGCAGCCCCAACCAGAAGGCGGCCAUUUGCUCCAUACACCAGCCCACGUCGGACAUUUUUGAGCUCUUCACGCACAUCAUACUGAUGGAUGGCGGACGCAUUGUCUACCAGGGACGCACCGAACAGGCAGCCAAGUUCUUUACAGAUUUGGGCUAUGAGCUGCCGUUGAACUGCAAUCCGGCUGACUUCUACCUAAAGACCCUCGCGGACAAUCAGGGCGCGCAGAAUGCUGGCGCUGUGCUGCGCGCCAGAUACGAGCACGAUACGGAUGGACUCUACAGCGGCAGUUGGCUGCUGGCACGCAGCUACAGCGGGGACUACCUCAAGCACAUGCAGAGUUUCAAGAAGAUACGUUGGAUCUAUCAGGUUUAUCUGCUGAUGGUUCGCUUCAUGACCGAGGAUCUGCGGAAUAUUAAAAGCGGCCUCAUUGGCUUUGGUUUUUUCAUGAUCACCUCCGUGACGCUCUCUCUGAUGUACUCUGGCAUUGGUGGCUUGACGCAGCGCACCGUGCAGGAUGUGGGCGGCUCCAUCUUCAUGCUGAGUACCGAAAUGAUCUUCACUUUCAGCUACGGCGUCACGUACAUAUUUCCCGCUGCGCUACCCAUCAUUCGACGCGAGGUAGGCGAGGGCACGUACAGCCUGUCCGCUUACUAUGUGGCCCUGGUGCUGUCCUUUGUCCCAGUGGCCUUCUUCAAGGGCUACGUGUUUCUGUCCGUCAUUUAUGCAUCCAUUUACUAUACGCGCGGAUUUCUGCUGUACCUGUACAUGGGCCUGCUGAUGAGUCUCUCUGCUGUGGCCGCUGUGGGCUAUGGCAUCUUCCUCUCCAGCCUCUUUGAGUCGGACAAAAUGGCAUCGGAGUGUGCGGCGCCCUUCGAUUUGAUCUUUCUACUGUUCGGUGGCACCUACAUGAACGUGGACACGUGGCCGGGCCUCAAGUACUUGUCGCUCUUCUUCUACUCCAAUGAGGCGCUGAUGUACAAGUUCUGGAUUGACAUUGACACAAUUGAUUGCCCCGUUAAUGAGGAUCAUCCGUGUGUGAAGAGCGGCAUGGAAGUGCUGCAGCAGGCCUCCUAUCGCACCGCUGACUACACCUACUGGCUGGACUGCUUCAGCCUGCUGCUGGUAGCCAUCGUCUUUCACAUUGUCUCUUUUGGUCUAGUGCGGCGCUACAUUCAUCGCAGUGGCUACUAUUGAAUUGAUAAUCGUUGGGGCAACUUUUAUUUAUCCAAUUUCAUUUUUUGCAUCUUACAAAACAUUCACUCGUCGGCGCUUCAGGAAAAUUACACAAUGGCUGAGAGGCGACGGAGUUGAUUAAAAUUUUAUGCCUAAACUUCAGUGGAAAAAUAUUGCAUGGAUCGUGAGGCAAAAAUCCCCAUAAAUGUGUCGUUAAUCUUA